AUGGAUUCUGAUGCGACGCUUGCCCCUUCCACCUCCAACGACGCCAGCGAUGGACCGGAUAAGAGCCUCGUCGAGCGGAUGGCUCGCUUCCGCAAGAAUCCAUUCAACUUCGCACAGGAACUGUACCUCUUCGUCACCGGCGUAGGUUGGCGUUCCUAUGACAGAGUGAUUGGACAGCCAUGUUUCUACUCUGGCUAUACAGACAACAUGAAGACGAUGGUGAUGAAGUCCACAAUACUGCAGAAGAAGCUGCUCGACAUGACGGAAGCGCGUCUGCGAGUAGAGCAAGAGCAAAACCUACUGGAUGCGGACAGCCCAUCCUACCAGCAAGACCGAGAGCAGCGCAAGAUUCAGAUCAUUUCAGACUUGGUCGACAUCACGCAGGAUAUGCUUGACAACAUGCUCUGCAAGAUGGAAAACAAGAUCUGGCUGAGAACGGCAUACUGGGGCUGCACGCAGCUACUUACUCGUGCAUAUUCAAGCAUACACGUGUCCGAGAAGGAAGUAAGCCGACUGCGGGCAGUCGCAAAGAUCGCGCAGGAGCAGAAACGUUCGCUGAUCUUUUUGCCAAGGCAUACAAGUCAUAUCGAUUAUGUCUCGUUACAUCUCGUCUGCUACCGUCUCGGUCUGACUUUGCCCGUCGUCGUGGCUGGCGACAAUCUCAACUUCCCUGUUGUCGGCACGUUUCUACAGACUCUCGGCGCCAUGUGGCUACGGAGGAGCUUCGGAGAUGACGCCCUCUAUCCGACGCUGGUCCAGUCAUACAUCGACACCAUGAUGCAACAGGGCUACAACCUAGAAUGCUUCAUAGAAGGGACCCGAUCACGCACAGGAAAGCUGCUCGGUCCCAAAUUCGGCAUCCUCUCCUUCUACCUCGACUCACUACUCUCCGGACGCGUCAAAGACGCCUACAUCGUCCCAGUCUCAAUGCAAUACGACCGAGUGAUCGAAGUCGACUCCUUCGUCACAGAACUCCUCGGCAAACCAAAACAGAAGGAAAACCUAGCCGACUUCCUCUCCGCAUCCUCCCUCCUAGCGCUCAACUUCGGCAGAAUAGAAUGCCGCUUCCACGAGCCAUGGAGUCUCCGCGACUUCAUCAACGAACAACAAGCACGCAUCCCCAACACGACCUCACCCCGCGAAAGCCGCACCCGAAUACUGCGUACCCUCGGCUACCGCGUUCUCUCUGACAUCAACGACGUCUCAGUCGUCAUGCCCACCGCCCUCGUCGGCACCGUCCUCCUGACCCUCCGCGGCCGCGGCGUCGGCAAAGCCGAACUCGUCCGACGCGUCGAAUGGCUCUGCGAACGCAUUCGCACCAACGGCGGCCAAGUCUCCGACUUCCAAGCAUGCCAACCUCUGAAGUGUCAAUCGCGCAUUGACCGUCCUCGGCCCGCAACUCGUCGGAAUAUGACCAUCCACCUGUUCAUCUCCGAAGCGCUCCUUGCCGCUGGCUUAUACACGCGUGUGAAGCAGGGAGGCGGGUAUGCUUCACAAGCUAUAACCGAGGCCGACUUGAUCGACAAUGUCAGCUUCCUCUCGCAGCUGUUCCGGGGCGAGUUCAUCUUUCCAGCCGGUCAAGGCUUGCGUCACAACGUCGAAGCAGCUCUCGCCGGCCUGCUGCGGGAUGACGUGCUCACCACAUCGACUUCCGCUUCCCCUUCUAGCUCCACUAACAGCACAUCAUCAUCAUCAGAUGCAUCCCCGUCUAGGACCAACGCCCGAACAAUCGGCCUCUCCGACACCGAACGCGCCCUCGGCCGCGAGAACUUCGACUUCUACUGCUUCAUGAUCUGGCCGUUCAUCGACGCCGCCUGGCUGGGCGCCGUCUCCCUGUUUUGCCUCGUCCCGCCCGCUGUCACCCCAUCAUCACCAACCACAACCCCGAGUCCAUGGGUACCCAUGACAGUCGCCCAAUCCACAGCCCAACUCUUCGGCCGCACCCUCUACCACCAAGGCGACCUCAGCUACUUCGAAUCGAUAAACAAAGAAGCCCUCAAAAACGCAUACACCCGCUGCCAAGAAGAAGGUAUCAUCAUAGUAUCGAAAUCAGCCAACUCCGAGGAUCCCAAAGCGGCCGCGGUGCCGAUGGUGCGCAUCGCGCCGGAGUGGCUGCCGCAGCGGAAGCCUACGACGGGGGAGUUGAUACCGGAAGGGAGGCUGUGGGGUUUUGUAGAGAGGAUUGGGAAGCACAGACGAGAGGGGAAGAAUCGACGGGAUGGCGCGACGGUUGGGAGGCGGGUGUUGGGGCUGGCGGAGACGUUGGGGCGGGAGAAUGUUUUUGCGGUUGUUGGUGGUGCAGACGAUACGGGAGGCGUGCCUGUGAAGCGGCGGGGGAGGCGGACGAAGCUUUGA